AUGUCCUGCAAUGAUCAAGGUCGAAUCCGUGGCUUCGUUGCUGCCUCGCCGAAGUCUUUGGAACGACCCGUACCACUUUCAAGACGCAAAUGCGUCCUUCCACUGGUAUUACAGGCCUCCAAAACAGAAUCCUCGACGGACACCAGUGGAAGGCUGCAUUCGCCGGCAUUCAGCGGUAGCGACAGCCUUAGGCUUCUCAGCCAUACAACUCCAAAGCCAUGGAUACCGACUCCUUCACUUCGAACAUGCCUCGGCGGCGUGAGCGCCGCACUACAUGCAUAUCUCAACCUCACGCCCAACGUUGAUAGGACGGACACAGUCGAUCGAAGCCCGGGCGUUAGUGGAAGGCCGCAUGUCUUCAUCUACAGUGGUAGCGACGAGAGUCUGUUCCUCCAUCGAGGCAUCGCAAUCCAUGGGCCGGUGAAGGCGUGCGGUCGCAACUCGGUACUGUCUUCCCGCUGCAACGUGCCCAUCUCGUGGACGAGUGGACGGGCCGUGGUACGCCGCUGGGAGGGAGGCGACGUCUAUUUUGACUUCAUGUCAGGCUUCGAAGGGUGGUCAUUGGAUGUGGCAGACGGGAUAGAGGCGGGCGUUAAGGGGUGGAUGCAGAUGGCUUAA